UUUUCCCCCCCCCCUGAGUCGGAAAUCCAAUCUCGAUGGGCGUUCCAGUGGAAAUCCGCUCCGUCGAUGUAUUAUUUAGCUACUGAAUAUGCAAAGUAUUAAAUGUAAAUGUAUCAGUCUAUUUCCGGUUUGGAAAUCUGGCACAUCCUUACACUAACAUUGACAGAAGUGACUGCUUAAUGGCGCACUAGACUCGGCGUCCUGCUCAGGACCACGGUCGACAUCUUCCUCCAAUGGUUAUCCGCUUCAUAUCGCCACUGCUUUUGCUGCUGGCUGGAUCCACGCACGGCCACUUCUUCCGGCUGGACACCCUCUCCAAUGCGUCCACGUACUAUUUUAAUUACAUUUACUGCAACAUAUGGGAGGGGGAGUGUCAGCCCCACCAGGACGAUGCGACCCAGCAAGUUCCCACCAGGGACGUUUGGGCGGCGUUCCCCCAGGACUACAUCAGCCUGGCGUACCACUGGUACUGCAGCCUGGGCCAGUGCUGUGAGUCUGGGGACUGCAGGGUGACCAACAAUAUCACAGGCCUGGCUCGAGACCUUCAGACCAAGCUGCACGGUCAGCACCUGGCCCAGUCUGUGGUUUUGAAAGCUAUCCAGGGUUUCAUCAACAACCCGGAGUCCAACAAGCCCCUGACACUCUCCUUCCAUGGCUGGUCCGGUACCGGAAAGAAUUUUGUCGCCAGAGUUAUUGCAGAUAACCUUUAUCGUGACGGGGUGAAGAGCGAGUGUGUGCGCCUUUUCAUCGCCCCGUUCCACUUCCCACACGCGAGACUGGUGGACAUGUACAAGAGUCAGCUGAGAGAAGCAAUUCGGGACAUGGUUCUCAGAUGUUCCCAGACGCUGUUUAUCUUUGACGAGGCUGAGAAGCUUCACCCAGGUCUCAUCGACGCAAUCAAGCCUUACAUGGACCACUAUGACAAUGUAGACGGCGUCAACUACCGGAAGGGCAUAUUCCUCUACCUCAGUAAUAUUGGAGGCGCGACGAUCAACGAUGUUGCCUUGGACUUUUGGCACUCAGGUCAAAACCGAGAGGACAUCGGGAUGGAAGAUCUGGAACAUCGUCUCCGUGCUGAAACCAUGGAGUCCCAAGGUGGGUUUGCACAGAGUGAGCUAAUGUCAGGCCACCUCAUUGACUUCUUCGUGCCCUUCCUACCUCUGGAGUACCGUCACGUCAAGCUGUGCGCCAAGGACGCUUUCACAGCUCGAGGCCUGGAGACGGACGACGCCACCCUGGACGAAGUGGCCAAGGCCAUGCUGUAUAUUCCAAAAGAGGAGAGACUGUUCUCGGCCCAGGGAUGCAAGUCCAUACCUCAGCGAAUCAACUUCUUUCUGCCCUAGAAGAGAGACCUGGAGGAGGUGUGGCGUUUCACGCUCUUUACAGGUGCAACCCGUCCGUGUCUGUCCAGGUCACAAAGAGGUCAGACAAGAGGACAUUCUAUGUGGGGAGAGCAGAGCGCCAUUUGUUGCAGGGUGUCAAAGACGGGACACCUGGUCCUUUUAAGAUGAAGAAAACAUUGACACGUUUCACUAUAUCAGGGGUCGGCAACCCAAAAUGUUGAAAGAGCCAUAUUGGACCAAAAAUACAAAAACAAAUCUGUCUGGAGCCGCAAAAAAUUAAAAGCCAUAUUACAUACAGAUAGUGUGUCAUGAGAUAUAAAUUGAAUUAAGAUGACUUAAAGGAAACUAAAUGACCUCAAAUAUAGCUACAAAUGAGGCAUAAUGAUGCAAUAUGUACAUAUAGCUAGGCUAAGUAGCAUGUUAGCAUCGAUUAGCUUGCAGUCAUGUAGUGACCAAAUAUGUCUGAUUAGCACUCCACACAAGUCAAUAACAUCAACAAAACUCACCUUUGUGUAUUCAAGCACAACGUUAAAAGUUUGGUGGACAAAAUGAGACAGAAAAAGAAGUGGCAUAAAAACACGUCCUAGAAAGUCGGAGAAAGUUAUACUUGUAAACAAACUUCGGUGAGUUCAAGGACCGCCAAAAUUAGUAGGACAAAGCGGCGCUCGCCAAAUACUCAAAUCAGUGAAGCAUGUUUAAUGUAAACAGUGUGCUUUAUAACAAUUAGGGAGGUUUGUGUCAUGUUUGUCCUCCUACAGAAACCAUAUUAAAACAAAAACUUUUUUUUUUCCUCAUCUUUUUCCAUUUUUCAUACAUUUUUUAAAAAGCUCCAGAGAGCCACCAGGGCGGCGCUCUAGAGCCGCGGGUUGCCGACCCCUGCACUGUGCAAAAGUCCAGUCAAAGUUGUCAUUUUGACAAAAUAUAACACAAACCUAAUGGUGGGAUCAAACGUUUGCUCGUAUACACACCUCACCCAACUUUAGUGAGGUGUGCAUUUAUAGUAGGUAGUGACAUUUAAUUAUGUCACUACUUACUAGUUACUAUUUAGAAAUGUACACGUGUGCUUUUUGAAGUUGGAGUUGUAGUCAAUGUUAAAUUAUAUUUUGCUUUUUUAAAACUAUACAAAAAAAACACUGGAUUGUUGUUGCAAUGCACCCAAAGGGACAUGUGUUUCUAUUUAUGAGGUCACUAUGUUUAUAAGUGUGAGAAAAAUUAAGAAAAACAUUUUUCAACCCUACUAUGCUAUCAUCCAUUGUUUUCAAUGUUGUCAAAAUAAAUUGAUUUGACCUCCUUUACCAUUGUAAAUAGUUUGAAUUGUUAUUUUAAAUGUUAGAUGCAUCAUUUAGGCCACACUUUGUCCUUGUGUCACAUUGGUCUGUUUAAAGCACGUGAACAUUGACAUUAAACAUCAUAGG